AUGCCAGUAUUUGUAAUGCUUGCUCCGUUUAGUUUGACUCAUCCUCUUGUCCUACUAGGACUGGAGAUGCUUGAGAUCUUCCCCAUGAUGCCAUACUGGAAUGCCUUUAAACCCCAUAAGCUCCAUAGUGAGGGGCCAUCAUUUCCGAAAGGAAUUAUACCUUCUAUGGUUGAUUAUCUGUAUGGAGAAACUUCUAUUUUUCUUAUUCGUUAUUUCAACUCAGAUAUUGAGGUGAGCAAGCUCAAUGGUGAUUAUAUCUUUGUAAAGGCAAGGAUUGUCGAUGAACAAUGCAAAGUGAUCGUUGUAUUACCUUCUUCUGAACUCGAAUUUAUUAAAAGUAGGAGUUGGUAUGAAGUUACGACAUGA